CGACGGUAAGCGCUGCAGCACAGAUUCAUUUUGAAGUUGCGUCUCUUGUUGAACGGUCGAGUUUGUGGUUGCGAUAAUUUUUUGUUUCUUAUUCAACGCGUGAGUUGAUGGUCAAUUUGAAGUGCAGUGCAAUCAGAUUUGUAUACUUUGUGAAUAUUUGAAUGCAUUGGAGAAUAAAGAAGCGAAAAUAUACUUACUUACGUACAUAUGGCCGAAAAUAGUUAAGCGCAAGUGUGUGUGCAUUGCAUGAUUUUGUUUAAGAAUUGCAAUUUUGCAGCACCAUUUCUCAUAGAUUGACAUUACGUGCUGCGUGCAUGUGUGUGUGCGAGUGUGCGUAUUAUAAAGUUGCCACAAAACUUGGCAAUAUUCGAAUCUUAUUUUACGUCCAAAAUAGUAAAUCGUCGAAAUACAUAAAUACAUACAAACAUACAUAAAUGCAAAGUAAAUAAUCGUGAAGUGUCUACGUUCGAGUGUUUUCGCAUUUGAGGAAACUGUGCGCAGCGCGUUCAUUUUUCAUUUUUGAGUUUUCAGUUUUCAGUAUUCAGUUUUCCACUUUCAACUAUGUUGCUCCUGCUGUCAACGUUGUUGCUGUGUUUUCUUCUAUAAUUGCUGUUUUGGCUACGCAAUUCUCCACUACAUUUAUUUUACUUACACACACACACAUACAUACUUGUGUGUGUGUGUGCGUGUGUACAUAUACAGAUUUCCCCCUCUGCGUGUUCGCACAACUGUGAAAUUUCAAAUCAAUUCUGAAAUAAUAUUUUAACAAAAAAGCACGUCUGAAAACGAAGUUUUUUGAAUUUGUGUGCUCAGUGAUACCCGAAGCGCAAUGUUCGUAGUGCAUUGAGUGUUGUUGUUUUUGCUGGAUUGGGAUUUGCGCGAAGCGAAAAAAAAAAAAAUAAAACACAAACAAAAUGAAGCUUUGGAAGGCGAAAAAACCGAUUAGCUGCGUGCCCGGCAAAUCGGCGGCACUGAAAAAUGAGGAUAAAGUAGAUAACGGCAAUAACGCUGGUGGCAUACCGUUAACUCCAAUUGUUUCAGUGGAUCGCGCCAUGAGUCCGGCACAAUCGGAAGACUCGGGUUUGGCACCCGACCGCGGCACCACAUACGCAACAAUAACAUUGCCACGGGACAGCGCUCUCAAUAUGGGCAUCACAUUCGCAGAACGCAACGACCUAUCGUAUCCACCUGUUAUUGGCGCGCUGAGUCCACUGGGUCAUGCUGCGGAUUUUCUAGCGCCUGGCGAUCGUAUUCAUCAAAUUGACGGCAUCUCAACAAUUGGGUUGAGUAAUCAACACGUCAUGAGCAUGCUGUGCGGUGCCUGCGAUGGCUCAGCAGCUGCUGGGAAUGGCUCUUCGACUGGCUCUACUGGUGGUGGUGGUGGUGUUGAUGCGGGCGAUGCUCGCUGUGUGCCUGCUGUUGUGGAAAUCGAAUAUUCAUUGCCCGAAUACAUCUCCCAGAAUAGUUUGUGUGUCACAUCGAAAUUGGCGCAGAUCACCGUGGAACGCGAAAGCGGCUGUUUGGGUUUAACGUUACGUGGCGGUGGCGAUUUCCCAUUGAUCGUUACGCAUGUACGGCCACAUGGACCCGUCUACAAGACCGGACGCAUCAAACCAGGCGAUCGGCUGCUGCGUGUGGAUAAUCUAUCGCUCAUUGGCAAAACUUUGGCAGAGGCGCAACAGAUCAUCAAAUGCGGCGGACACGUUUCCGGUUACACAAAUCUCACUGUCGAAUAUGACGUGUCCGUGGUGCAGAGUGUUGAGUUCUCAAUGGGCCCACUAUUGAUUGAAAUCGAGCGACCCAUGAAUGAUAAAUUAGGCUUGGUGUUGUGCAACUAUCCGGCGGCCAGUCAUAUGGAUCACACGAAAAUCGACGAGGUUAGCGCUGCGGGCAUUUACAUAGCGAGCAUAAUGCCAGCCAGCAUCGCAGACAGAUGUGGCGCCUUGUCAGUGGGUGAUCAAGUGCUCUCCAUCGACGACACCCUAAUCGAGAACUCAGCCUACAGUCCGGACGAAGUGAUGACAAUGUUGGAUGCGAACACAGGCCGCGGCUACACACAAAUGCAAAUUAUGCCGGCACACGCGUUGUCGCGACGAGGUCACACCACGCUCGGCAGUCCGAAGUAUGGUUUCAGCACAUUGGAGUCACGCAAGUCACGGCAGCGCCAACGUUUCGUACGAAAAAGUUCGCUCCCACUUGAUGGUGGUGGUGGUGGAGGCAGCGCUGGCGGCGGAGCGGGUAGUACCAACGCCGGAGGCUGCGGCGUCGGCAGUAACAGCUGCAAUGGCGGUGGCAGCACAGGCAGCAACAGCGGCACAGCCAGCAGUGCCAGCGCCGGUAGUAGCGCCAGCGGCAGCAGCACCGGUGUCAAUAGCAGUGCUGCUUCUUCGGCUGGAGUUGGCGGCAUCAUCAGCGCAGCGCAGAUUGGCACGACGCUACAUCAUCCCAGCGCCAUUGGCAUUUGUCGCUCUGAAACAUUUCCGGUGCUGCUGGACUGCAGUCAAGGUUCCGGCAUAGUACUCGGCCCGUCGACUGUAUGCGGACGCGCCGUCACAAUUGCGCAAGUGUUGCCCGAUUCGGUGGCCGAUCGUAGUGGCUCCAUACAGAAGGGCGAUCGCAUUGUGGCCAUCAAUAAAAUGUAUAAUUUGGAUGUGCAAACGAUGCGCCAGUUGUUGGGUGAGAAUCGCACGCUGCAGUCACAGAAAUCACAACAAUCGCCAGCAGCCAAUUGGUUGGAGUUGGAGAUCGAAAUCGAUAUGGCUGACUCGGUGGUGCCAUCAAGCGGUGUGUAUAAUGUGAAAUUGUUGCGCGCCGGCAAAUCGGGACUGGGUAUUAGCGUGAAUGGUUCUAGUCAUGGUGGUUUUGUUAUAUCCGAUGUGAAACCCGGUAGUCCAGCACAUCGCACCGGUUCGUUGCGUGGCGGCGAUAUACUAUUGGCCGUGGACAAUCACCCGGUGCAACACUACAAUGUGGACUCAUUGCUGAAGGAGAGUCCAGCAGCCAUUGAUUUUACAACGCUUACAGUGAAGCGUGUCAUGUUGCCGGAUUUUCUGUUCGACGCGCAGCAAAAAAUGCCAAAUCCCAUCUAUAGUAAUUGUCCGGCCAGUCCGAGUGAACAUGAUUUGUACAGCACAGCCGCCUAUGUUACGUCCAAGUUCAAUGAUUGCUUGUCGUUAAAGUCCACAACGCCACAGCCAGACUUCUUCCAUACCUCUGGCGGUACGGACGAUGGCUGCAGUCUACAGUCGGUGCAAAUGCGUCAUCAUCCACAUCCCUGCAAUACUUGGAGCGCCAACACGUCUGCGAUGGGUCGUUCGUUCGCAGCGCAGAAUACACAGAGUCUGACUACCGAACUGCCGGACAAUGAGGACAACAAUUACCAAGACUUCACGAGCUAUGACCUGGAUCGUUAUGCCAGUGCCGACUGCAGCGCCCUGCCGCCACCCAUGGAGAAUAAGGUCUACGGUUCGGCGGCCAGCUCCAGUAGCAAAAGCAGCGGCAGCAGUCUGCACCAGAUCAUCUUCACCGUGCGUCUGGAGCCCAAAGGCGGUUUGUUGGGCAUUACGCUGGCGGGUAGCGAAGAUAUUAGCAAACCCAUAUCGAUUAGCGGACUUGUAGAAGGUGGCAUUGCACACAAGCAUGGCCAAAUUCAGGUUGGCGACCAGUUGCUGGCCAUCAAUGAGGAUUCGGUGCAGGGCAUGCCACUCUCGCAUGCGACAAACAUUUUGCAGAAUCUCGGCGACACAGUUGACUUGAAGAUAUUGCGCGCUCACGAGAUAUCCAGCAUUAUGGCGGGUGGGCACUUGAAUGGCGACAAUAUGCCGCAGCCACAAGCAAUUUAUGCCAAAGUGCAACGUCGGCCACGCAGUCCCUCCUCGAACGCCGAUGGUACGUCGUCGGCCGGCGGUAAGGAUGGCAAACAUCGCAUUUUCCAUGUGACGCUGAAAAAGGAUAAAGUUUAUGAUGAUUAUGGAUUUUCGGUGUCGGAUGGUCUAUACGAAAGGGGGGUGUUCAUCAAUCGCAUACGCUCGGGCGGACCGGCGGACUUGAGUGGCGUACUAAAGCCCUUCGAUAGAAUUAUGCAGGUGAAUGAGAUGAAAACACAAGACUUCGAUUGCUGCCUGACAGUGCCUUUGAUAGCAGCCGCUGGCGACAAGAUCGAGCUGAUCAUACAACGCACGGAAUGAUCGUGGCGUCUGCCAGAGCAGCUGGUCUUCAAAUACAAAUACUGACAAUGCGUGUGCCUUUUUUUCAAAUGACUAACUGUACUACACAAAUUUUUUGUUUCGAGAUGAAUGAGAAAUUUACGCAAAAACUAUUUAAGUCUUUACCAAAUUGCGAAAAAAGUAAAUGCCAAGAUUCACACCAACAAAUAACGCAGAACCCAAGCCAAAUAUAAAUUAAUUUAAAUAAAUAAAAAAAACCACACAAAUAUUUAUGUUAAGUUUUAGUUUUAAGCGCUUAUUUAACAGAGCAAAACAAAAAUUGUUUUCUUGAAAACGUAAUUUUUCAAAAAUACUAAUUUAAAAAAAAUAUUAAAAAUAUUAAAUAUUAAAAAUAGAAGUUAGCGAUAAACCACAGUGCCAUUGACAUUCAAAUAAAGCUUUUGAUAUAAAUUUUUUUAAUGUUUAUAUAAAAGAGAAUUUCCUUCCAGCUUUAAAAACCACAAAUGAAAAAUGGACAAUAAUGCAACUGUAGUGACCCAAAUACGCACACACACACACAUGCGCAUGUAUGUAUGUAUGUGGAAUCAUACUUCAUAAUUAAAUACACGCAUACAUACAUACAUACAUACAUACUUAACUACCCAUAUACAUAUGCCUCUAUACAUACACACAUAUAUAGAUACACACACAUACAUAUGCACUGGAGUGCAUGUAGUGUCUGUCAUACGAUUUUGCAAAACUUUAUUUUGUAAAUUUUCCAUUUAUUUAUAAACUUAAGAACUAUGAUAUCGAAGUAUCAUACAUACCCGCGUAUGUAUGUAUGUAUGCCAUUUGAAUGCAAUAAAUAUAUACAACGUUAUUAUAUGUAAGAUCAAU